AAACCAAAAAAAAAAAUUAUUAAUUAAUUAAUUAAAAUAUGAAAUUUUCAUCAAAUAAUAUCAUUAAGUUAUGUGAUCGUAUUGAUGAGUAUUUUUAUAAAGAUAAUAUUAAACUUUUUGUGGACAAACUUCCAAAUGAAUUACCAUUUAAUAUCGCAAAAGGAAAUUUCGGAGUCACAGUUUUCACUAUUGCAUAUGAUAAUGGUAAAAUUUUCAUUUAUUCCUUUGGUGGAAAUUAGGUUACAAAAAGGUGUUAAUAAGGAAAUAUUAAAGCGAUUUAUAUAUUAAACAGUAAUUCAAAGGAGAGAGAAUUUAAUUCGCAAAAAAAACCAAUUUAUAACUUUUCUUUUGAACUAUAAAAAUGCAAGUACAACAAAUAUUAAAUGAAAAUGAUGAAAAUGCUAAAGGUUAUUUUUUUAUUGAUGGUAAACAAUAUUAUGUUUCUUUUCCCGUAAUUAAUCAUGACCAUGAUGAAAGAGGAUAUUCAUUCGAAAGUUCUGCAAAUUUGAUAACUAAUUAUGGAGUUCGAAACAACAAAAAAGUAAAUUGUAUAGUAUUACAUUGGGAUGUAUGUGGUUCAGUAAGAGAUUGUUUUCGUUUGUUGUGUCAAAGAGGAUUAUCAGCACAUAUAAUGAUAGAUGGGGAUGGAACUGUAUAUCAAAUAUUGGAUUUAGCAAAAUCGGCAUUUCAUGCAAAAGAUUGGAAUCAAACUUCAAUUGGUAUAAUGUUACAGAAUCCUGUUGACCCACCAAAUAAUGAUCGUAAUAGAGACAUUGUUGAGAGUAGAGAACCCGGUAGCAAUAUACUAUAUUCUCAUCUGGAUUUUACUGAUGAACAAAAAGAAACGGUGGUAAAAGUUUGUGAUGAUUUAUGUAAAAUAUUUACCAGUAUACCAAGAAUUUUACCUCCUCUUGGUGAAGACAAUUUGAUUACUACUGCUACUUUACCAAUAGAACAAAGAAUUGGUAUUCUUGCUCAUUAUAAUGCUCAACGUGAUAGAUAUGGUCCUGGUGAUUCUUUAUGGGUGGAAUUUUAUAAAGCUAACUAUAUUAUUAGAGAUUAAAAAGCAUUUGAUAAAUUUAAAAUUUUAAAAAUAUGUAUUUUUUAUUUAUUCAUUUAUUUUUUUUCAAAAUUUUCUGUUCAAUUAUUAUUGUGAUAGUAUUUUAAUAAAG